CACUCCGUAUUUUCUUCUUUGCUGUUCAGGAUGAGCGACCCUUCCAUUCGGUUCGGUGCGUUCACCAUCCCGAUCAAGUACCUCAGCCUGGCCAUCCUGGUCAUCCAGAACUCGACGCUCGUCCUCACAAUGCGCUACUCGCGCACGAGCGAAGGCCCAAUGUACCUCUCGUCCACGGCCGUCGUCAUGACCGAGGCCAUCAAGCUGCUCACCUGCCUCGUCAUCAUCUUCUUUGAGGAGAACCUCAGCGUCGCCGCCACGCUCGGCCUGCUCCACCGCGAGAUUGUCGCCAAGCCAGACGAGACGGCCAAAAUGGGCGUCCCGUCCUUCCUCUACACGCUCCAGAACAACCUGCUCUUUGUCGCAGUGUCGUAUCUGGACGCAGCCACGUUCCAAGUCACCUACCAGCUCAAAAUCAUCACGACCGCGCUCUUCUCCGUCAUCAUGCUCGGCAAGCGUCUCACCCGCGCCAAGUGGAUUGCCCUCGUCGUGCUCAUGGUCGGCGUCGCGCUCGUCCAGCUCCCACCGCCCAAGGCCACGGAGGAAUUGCCUGCCCGCAGCGAAAACAACGGUGGCGUCGUCCCUGCUGAUGCUGCAGGGGCUGCUGGACGCAAGCUGAACGGCCUGGAACUGACGGCAGACCUGCCCGAACAACACCUGCGACGCCUGCUCGCUGCCAUCCCCGCCAACGAGAAAGAGUCAGAUGCAGAGCUGGCAGUCGCAGGCGAUGAUGCCGGUGCUGCGUCCGGCUCGUUCAUUGGUCUGAUGGCCGUCAUUACCGCCUGCUGCUCGUCGGGCUUUGCCGGCGUCUACUUUGAAAAGAUUCUAAAAGGCACCCAAGCGUCCAUCUGGGUGCGCAACGUGCAGCUUGGCUUGUUUGGCGCCAUUAUUGGUAUCAUUGGCGCCUUCUACCAAGACGGCGCGGCGAUCGCCGAAAACGGCUUCUUCCAAGGCUACACUACGGUCGUCUGGCUGGUCAUUCUCAUGCAGGCGUUUGGCGGCCUGCUCGUCGCCGUUGUUGUCAAGUACGCAGACAACAUUCUCAAGGGCUUUGCGACCUCCGUCUCCAUUGUCGUCUCGAGCAUAAUUUCCAUCUUUUUGUUCGGCUUCCACCCACACAUGGCAUGGAACGUUGGUGCUGGGUUUGUGCUCCUUUCCACUUACCUGUACUCGCUCCCGGACGCCCCUGUCGACCAAAUCCGACGCUCGAACGUGUAAAAUUCACGUGGUGUUGGGGGGAUUUUUAUCUGUUCUUGAGCUGUUUUUGUUUUUUGGUUUUUUUGGUUUUUGGUUUUUGGUUUAGGGUUUUUGGUUUUGGUUUGUUUUGGGGGGAAGGG